CCCCCGCUUGUCGUUCAAUGUAGCGAAGAUCAUGACAGGCAUCGCUGCCGCCUCCUUCUUCUCCAACACUUGCCGAUUCGGAGGCUGCGGGCUGCACUUCGAGUCCCUGGCCGAACUCAUCGUGCACAUCGAGGAUAAUCACAUCGACACGGACCCUCGUGUGCUGGAGAAACAGGAGCUGCAGCAGCCUACAUAUGUAGCCCUCAGCUACAUCAACAGGUUCAUGACGGAUGCAGCAAGGAGAGAGCAUGAGUCUUUGAAGAAGAAAGUCCAGCCGAAGUUGUCCUUGUCUCUGACAGGCAGCCUAGCACGAAACAAUGUAUCCACGCCCCCCCGAAACAACAGCGGCAACCUCACUCCACCUGUGACCCCGCCCAUCACACCCUCUUCCUCAUUCAGGAGCAGUACUCCUACAGGUAGUGAGUACGAUGAGGAGGAAGCAGACUAUGAGGAGUCAGACAGUGAUGAAUCCUGGACCACCGAAAGUGCCAUUAGCUCCGAGUCCAUCCUAAGCUCCAUGUGCAUGAAUGGAGGCGACGAGAAACCCUUUGCCUGCCCCGUUCCUGGCUGCAAAAAGAGAUACAAGAAUGUGAAUGGUAUUAAGUACCAUGCCAAGAACGGCCAUCGCACUCAGAUCCGUGUGCGUAAGCCCUUUAAGUGCCGUUGUGGGAAGAGCUACAAGAGCUCGCAGGGUCUCCGCCACCACACCAUCAACUUCCACCCACCCGUCUCAGCUGACAUCAUCCGCAAGAUGCAGCAGUAGAGCGGGCCUCUGUGCCAACAAAUUCUCACACACCUUAUUGCACACUCACUCACCAUCACCAGGAGCUGUUGCUGUGUCUAAUAAUUCUGACCUCCUACUUGAGGAAGUUCUCUAUGCUCUCAUUCCUUAUCUCCAUUUUACUCUUCCACAAGGAAGACUCUGUCCCUUCUUUCCACCCCUCCAUGAGGAAUCCUGUACCCUUUCAUUUAACUCUUCCAUGAGGAAGACUCCCUCUAUCUGCCCAUCGUUUCAUACUUCCAUUAGGAGGUUCUCUUUAUCCCUCUCUCAUUCCAUCUCUUCAUGAAGAGGACAUUUUUUAUGCCCCUUUUAAUUCCACGCCUCUUCAAGGAGCAUCUGUGUUCUUAUUACACUACACUUUUAAAUGCAUGCAUUUUUUUCCAUUAUUUGUAUCCUGUUAUCUGUUCUCUGCCUAUCUGAGAUGAUGUAUCGUAUUAGAGUUCACAGUUUUGUACUUUUGCACAUUCAACUAUCAUUCUUUUUUUGUCUUGUAUUACUAUUGACAUAAGGUGCUUAUUGUAAAAUAAUUAUGGUAUGCUUGGAGAGGAUGGCUUGGUGUCAUUGUGGGAGGAGGUCCCAAAAGUUGUUGUCACUAGAGGUGGUGCAUUAUGUGUAGAAGCUUCAGAGUCAAAGCCAGGCUGUCAGAACUCAUCAAUCCUGACCACAACUCUGGUGCUUUUUGCCAUGGCUCCUAAGAUUCUCUGAAGUUCUUGGAUACUCAUAGAGGAAGGGCAAAGAAAGCCUGAAUGUUAAUGUUUCAACUACCCAAUACUUAUAUAAGUGACAUUUUUAGUUAUAGAUUGUAUAUAAAUUAUAUAUAGACUUUCAUAUUCAGAUAUUAAAUCUAUGCUUUAUUCCCAAGUUUUUUUUUUUUUUUUACAUUUCCAUUUAAAAACCUAUACCAAGCAAGAUAUUGAGUAUAAAAAUUCAUUUUGGGAAUGUUUUGGCCCGUUUCUGUUAUCCUUGGGCAGGUCCUGUUUCCACACCUAAUAACAACCCUCUCAGGUGAAAAAUUGCCAGCAUUUGAGAACCAUUAACCUGCCCACGUACUCCGACGCCAUUUUUUAAGUCAACUGUUACGGUUUCCAGGCCGGCUGUGGCUGGUGUGUUCUAGAAUCUCUGGAGCCUUCUAGAACUCCACAGCUGAAUUAAUUGCCUGGCAAAAUAACUAAAGCACUUUGUAGUGACUAGUUGCCAACAGAGUUUGGAGGUUUCCAUUGCCAAUAAUUCAGGGGUUGUAGAGUCCAACCUGCAAGUGACAGAGUAAAGUUUAAAGACUAGCAUGCCACUCUGGGGGUCGGAAUACCUGUAGGAGUUUUGUCUUUCCACCCAAGAGAAUUGAUUUUUAUUUUUAUUAGACUCCCAAAGUGCAAGUUGGUUGCAAUUAUCAAGACUGGUUGCCUUGAAUUGUGGUAGACCACAGCAUUCCAGUACAGUAGACUUGUUUAACUUCAUGUGUAGCCAGGUGUUGGUAUGAUGAAUUGAUCCAGAUGUGUUUAUCCUCUGACUCUGGCUGACCUCUGGUGUAAUUUGAGUGGCCUUCUGGAUGGACUUGUGCCCAUAUAAACAAGUAAAUUAAUACAGUUCUUGAUAGUGGAGCAGUCGUCCAUUAGUGUGAUCUCAGUGCUGUGUUUUUUGGAGCAACAGAGUUUUGAUUUUGUAGGAGUUAUCAACUGAUUGGGGUAACUCAGGGAAACCCAACCCUAGUGCUGGAGCUUCAAUUUUUCUGCCUGUAAACUGCAGAACAGUUUGUCUUCAGGAGCAAGGUUACCAAACAUCUCAGAGUAAUGAUGAUGAUCUCAGCUCAGUUUUUGCUUUUGCAUUUUAUUAAAUGCAGUUACAUCAAGAGGUGGCCUGAUCCUAAGCAGUAGUUCUGUUCUGGGAGGACUGAUUAAAUAUUUGCUGCAUUUCUCAAGGAAAAGGCAAAAAAGACAUUAACGAAGAAUCCAGAGAGCAGCCAGAUCAUGGACCUGCCAAUCACCCAUCAUGACAUCACUGCAUGGACGUCACUGUUGUAAUGGAACUGCAUUAUCUGUUUAGAUGAACAUUGUGACAGUAUUAUACUGCCGGUCUGGAGGGAAGUAUUUGACAUGUUGUGCAUAGUUUAUGUAUUAUGUCUCUGUGUAAGUGCAUUAAAUUAUAUUUUCGUAUGUUUCUGGAGAAAGGUGUUCCUACGUGUAAUGAAGCUGACAACAGAGGUUGUUUUAAAAUUGGUAACCUUCAACAAAAGUAGGAAAAAACUGACAAAAAAAAGAGCUGCUCCAUCAAUGUAAACUUGGUUCCAAUUUAAAUAAUAAAUUGCCUCUGAUGUGUUUGGAGA